AUCGUUCUCAUUCCGUCACCGAAAGCUAUUCCAUCGGUUCACUGAAUAACGAACGCAUGAACAAACUGCAUUCGCUAAAGUCAUGACCAUAAAAGAACAAAACACAGUUGAAUUAACUGAAACGAAUAAACUCAAGCAAGGGCUAUUGCCGGCGUUGCAUUCAUUUGAAACUUGAGAUACAUCGGAGAGGAUGAAAUUCCGAAGCCUUGUGAGCAUAUCAAGUGAAAAUGUUCGUGAAAACAAGCAGAUUGCGCACAAUCUGAGUUCGCCGCCAGACGCCAAGAACUACAAGGGAACGAUUCGCCGACAGGAAAGAGAAGGAAGCCCGAAAUGUUACCACUGUGACGGAGACGAAAACAUAACUGUGGAACAUUUCCUGCUGUCCUGCUCAAAGUUUGAGGAGAUUCGCUCAGAACUGUUGUGCCAACUCCGCGGCGAGCUGCAGGCUAUAGGCGAGAGAGGUUUUCAAGUGUGGGAGACCUUUACAGCAAGCAGCCCAGCAUUCCAGUCCAAGAUCAUUCUUGGAGCGCAAAGCUUUGGCGCUGAAGAGGACGAGGCAAUCAAUCACUUUCGGACGCAGUACGUCGCCAGGGCCUGGAGCGAGAGGCUGGUAAUUUGAGGUCGUUUUGCUGCCUAAACUCGUUUUCAGAACAAUUGUCCCAAGUUUUUUUUUUUUUUUUCAGUAACACAUUCUCGUCUGCUUGCAUUUAUAAGAUACAAAACACCUAAAUUAUUGUGAUAUUUUUAACUACUCUACAUACCAAUAACAUUCAAAAGUAUCCGAAAAUCUUCGAGAUGUAGGGCGAAUUCAUCUGUUUUAUCAGCUUGUCUCCAAGCUCUUCUUCUUAUUCUAGAGGAUACCACGGAAACAGUCUCUCUCAUUGGAUCUUUCCGUCUCUCGAGGCUUUAGGGAUCAAAUAAUUUGGAUAUAUCAACAAAGUUGAAAUGGUAAA